GUGACAUGCAUAUACAAACCUGCGAAUUAAACCUACCUACCCUCUCAUCGCUUUGCCAUUAUGAUAUAUGAAAUUGCGCUUGUCUCUACCACUUGAAAGUGACUGAAAGAAAGGACAACCCGAACCAUGGCAGCUUCUCUUGUAACCCUUCCUAUGGUGCAGCGCCUGAGCCCACGCUGUAUCCGGAUCCUUGGCGGCAACCCAGGCAAAUUUUCGCUGCAGGGCACUAACACCUACUUGCUUGGUACUGGCCGCUUUCGUAUUUUAAUUGAUACAGGAGAAGGACGUCCAGUUUGGAUACAAACACUCAAGGAAACGCUUGACCAAGAAAAUGCGACAGUGAAGUUGGCCGUGAUAUCACAUUGGCAUCAUGACCACACCGGCGGCAUUACGGAUCUUGUCAAUGCUUUCCCUCAAGUACAGGUUUUCAAAAACAGCCCCGAUGAUGGACAGUUGCCGAUUCAGAGUGGCGAUAAUUUUCAAGUCGAAGAUGCGACUUUAACGGCCUGGCACACUCCCGGUCACGCAAAAGACCACAUGGUGUUUGUGCUUACCGAAGAAGAUGCAAUGUUUGCGGGUGAUAAUGUACUUGGACAGGGCACUGCUGUGUUUGAGGAUCUGUUUACAUAUCUCCAGAGUCUGAGCAAAAUGAAGACACUCUUUUCUGGGCAAAUUUAUCCAGGCCAUGGGCCUGUAGUUGAGGAUGGACUGGGAAAGAUUAGCGAAUAUAUCGAGCACCGCCGCCAGCGAGAGGAAGAGGUUUUGCAAGUAAUGAGGGCCAGCAACCCGGACAAUAGCAAAAUCUGGACGGCAAUGGACAUAGUUAAAACGGUUUAUAAGGAUGUGCGUGAGGAUUUACACAUGGCAGCUUGUGGUGGGGUUUUACAGAUGCUUGCCAAAUUAGAGCAGGAGAGGAAGGUUAAACAAACCAAAGACGGGUGGCAGCUGGACGAUGUUAAGAGUGUUAUUUAAUUGCUAUCUGCUCCACGUUGGCAUAUCAAUAGAAUAUACACAUAAUGCUUCAUACCUCUCGAGGAUUGAGCUCGUUGAGCUACAUGUGAUUAUGUA